AUCAGCAUGGAAGUUGGCAGGCGACGUUGCGUUCAUUGUUCAAGCUUUGGAAGAUCGGCAUCAGUUGUGCAGCGGCGGUGGCAGUCUGGGUCAUCUUUCCUGCCUCGAGAUGUGGUCAUUGCCAGCGCCGCACGGACGCCCGUGGGCAGCUUCCUGGGCUCACUCGCCUCACUCACCGCGCCGCAACUUGGUACGCACAGGCAGCCAGCCGACCACACAGAUCAUUCAUCGCCAAGUGUGUGUGUGUCCACCAGGUGGCAUUGCAAUAUCGCAGGCUUUGAAGAGGAUACCGCUGGAGGGUGACCAGGUGGAUGGCGUCAUCAUGGGCCAGGUGCUACCCGCCGGAUGCGGACAGGCUCCAGCCAGACAAGCCGCACUCGGCGCCAGUGAGCCUGCCUACCAGCCCAGCCAAUCAACCAGUCAAGUCACGCUGCCGGCUAUAUCGUGUGUGUAUGUGUGUGUGUAUUCAGGGAUCCCUGAGCGCGUGGAUGCGUUUGGCGUGAACAAGGUGUGUUCGUCCGGCCUCAAGUCAGUGGCAUUGGCAGCCAACGCCGUCGCACUGGGUCAGGCGGACAUCAUGGUUGCCGGGGGGAUGGAGAGCAUGUCAAAUGCACCUUACCUACUCAGGUCAGGAAGGAAUCAAGGAAGGGACCGCCAUAGACAGGAUAGCACUCACUCACUGCAUUCGUUGGUUCAAUCAUUCAUUCACGACCUCUCUGUCCUGUCAGGAAGGCGCGUGUGGGAGGGUACAAGCACGGCCACGGUGUGCUGGAGGACAACCUGCUGCAGGACGGACUCUGGGACGUCUACAACGACAUACACAUGGGCAAGGUAAGCAAAGAAGGUACACACACAUAGACACACAUACACAGACAGAGAGACAGAGAGACAGGAAGAGAACGACGACCCGUCAGUGUAUGUAUGUGUGUAUGUGUCAAUAAUCAGUGUGCCGAGAAGACGGCGCGUGACCACUCGAUCCCCCGUGUGGCUCAGGAUGAGUAUGCCCUUGCAUCCUACAAGCGCGCGGCUGACGCCUGGAAGACAGGCAUGAUGACCAAGGAAGUCGUACCCGUCAAGAUACCCAACCCGGCUGGUUAAGACUAACUGAUGAUCGAAGAUGCACUCACUUGUCUUUACGAAUGUGUGUUGUGCCAUACGUGCAGCUGACAAGAAGCCCGGCAGUGGUGUCCCCCCGUUUGUGUCGGUUGAAGAAGACGAAGAGUACCCCAAACUCAAACUCGACAAAGUGAGUGCGUCAGGACACACAUAAACACACAAUCAUCCAUCCUUUCCAUACAUCAGGUGGCUGGUUUGAAGCCUGUGUUUGACCCUGAGGGCACCAUCACGGCCGCCAAUGCAUCCAAACUCAACGACGGGGCGGCUGCGUUGGUCCUUAUGAGCGCUGACACGGCAGAGAGGAUGGCCGUCGAACCACUCGCAAGGAUACUCUCGUUUGCGGACGCUGCUGUCAAGCCCAUCGACUUCAGCAUCGCGCCCUCGCAGUCGGUACAGAAGGCCAUCAAACUCGCGGGGCUCCACAAGGUAGACAGAGAUCAGAUUCAACAAGACGGACACGCGCACACAACCACACCAUGGAUGUGUGUGUGUGGUGUCUCGUGAUAUCAGGUGGACUAUUACGAGAUCAACGAGGCCUUUUCGUGUGUGGUGUUGGCCAACAUGCAGCUGCUGGGGCUGGACCACGAGCAAGUCAACGUCCACGGCGGGGCCGUCGCACUCGGACACCCUAUAGGCAACCACACACACUUCUUCCCUAGACACCCAGACAGGUAUCAGGUGGACGCGUGCGCAUGACUGUGUUGUGUGUGCAGGUGCGUCUGGUUGCCGCAUCUUGAUAUCUCUGUUGAAUGUGUUGGGGGCACGGGACGCCACGUACGGGUGUGCCGCCAUCUGUAACGGAGGCGGCGGGUCCACAGCAAUGGUCGUCGAAAGAAUUGCCGCCUGAUACAUAUAUAUGAGCGAUGAUGUGUGGAGAUCGAUGCCAGCUAGCCUAGCUGCCUGUGUGUUUUUCUGUCGUGGUGUGGCGAAGUCGGUCUGUGUUGACUUUUGUUUGUUUGUUUGUUGUGUACAUAAUUAAGUGUGUGGACGGCCGGCCGGACGCGGACACGGCGGAGCCAAACAAG